AGACACGGACUUGACAUAUGCGUAUUGCCUUAAAUAUAACCUUUGAAUAAUAAUAGAGUAAACUCUUUUAAUGUUUGGUUUAUAAAACUUUUAGGUGUAUAAAUAUUUUUUGAAGUAAAAAUUUACAGUCUUCGUCCAAUCUAGUACUUGAUAUUUUUAUACGCGCAUACUAUGUAUCAAAUGUCAUUAAUCACAUGAUACAAUAUUUGUACAAAAAAUAUAUUUCAAAGCGAAAAAAUGAUAUUUUGUAGGAUUUUUAAAGGGCUUAAAUAAUGUAUCACAUUCUACGUAUAUUAUUGUACAGGUUAUGGGUUGUAUCGACGUUCACUCUGUUCUCUAGUGCAAUUAUAUUUUGGUUUUAUGGAUAUUUUCUUGCACUAACAGUGUUCAGUUUUGGAAUAUCAGGUAUACUGUACAGUGCCCAGGACCUUCUAUUAUAUUACCCUAAUGAUCCACCAGACUCCAGAUUGUUCGUCCUGCAACCUAGUAACUAUAAAUUACCUUAUGAAAGUAUUAAGAUAAAAAGUAAGGAUGGAUUUAAAAUUCAUAUGUUUCUAAUAAAGCAGCCUAUGCUUAGUAAUCAUAGGCCGACCAUGAUUUUUUUUCAUGGAAAUGCUGGAAACAUGGGCCAAAGAUUGUGUAAUGUGUCUGGAUUUUAUCAUAAAUUAAAUAUAAACAUCCUACUGGUGGAGUACAGAGGUUACGGGCUGUCUGAGGGCUCACCCUCGGAACAGGGUCUGUAUAUGGAUGCUCAAACUGCUUUUGACUACCUCAUGCAAAGAAAUGACAUCGACCACACUCAAAUUAUAUUGUUUGGUAGAUCUCUCGGUGGUGCUGUAGCUAUAGAUUUGGCAUCACGCUUAGAGUACAAGAACAAAAUAUGGGCGUUGAUCGUCGAAAACACUUUUACUAGCAUUCCGGACAUGGCGAAGAUACUGCUAAAGUGGAGAUGUCUCAACUGGCUACCAAUGUUUUGUCAUAAAAAUAAGUACAUGUCGCUGAACAAGAUGAGCUGCGUGUCGAGCGCCACCCUGGUCGUGUGCGGCGCGUGCGACGCGCUGGUCCCGCCGCGCAUGGCGCGCGAGCUGCUCUUGUGCUGUGGUGCGCCACUGAAGCGCCUCGCAGUGCUGUCUGGCGGCGGGCACGACGACACGUGGACGCGUCCCGACUACUAUGCAGUGCUGCAGCGCUUCCUGCUCGACGUGCCGCCGCUGCCCGACGAAGCGAGGGUGUCGGUCGUGCACACCGUCUAGUGGGUCGCUACCCACCCACCUAGUGAUAACUAAUAGAGUACAAACGACUCACUUCAAAUAUGUAUUAGAUACGUAUACGGUAAGUUCGCGAAGCAAUAACUGCAGAUCACCAGAUGAGGACAGAGAUGGGAAUAGGGAUGCGAUUACGCGAAUCAUAGUGUUGAUGUUGUCGUUACAUAUUGUAAUAAUUAGAGCGUCGAUACUUACGAGAUUGCCUUAGGAACGGGCGCUCAUAGAUAGGUCAAUUCUCGAGAGAUGAUAUUUUUUUAAUUGUAUGCACAAACCAUUCCGACAUAAAAGUAUUUAAAGCACAAAGCUGAACCAUAUUUUACGUAUACAAAUCUGCAACAAAUUAAUGAAAUGGUGUUCUACUUUUAUUUAGGUUAGUCUAAUGACAAAUGAAAUACCGAUGUUGAUAUUGUUGUUAUUACAUAUUUAUACUCAUUGCCCUCUCGCCGCUCCAGCCUUACGACUCGACGACUUCGGCCCUGAUUGAGCCAAGCGGGCGGUGGAACUAUCUUGUAAGGACGCUGACUGCCUGUCGGCUCCGCUGACCAGUACCACUCGUGACUCGUGCGACUGGAGUCGUCGAGUGACUAUGUUACCUACUUAAUAUUAUAUCCUAUAAUAUAAUUAUUAAAUGAAAAAACUUGGGGACUUCGACUUGGAUAUUUCGUUAAAAUAUUAUGUUUUUUUUUUUCAUUUGUUCUUGCUAAUAUGAUACUUAUUAUUAUUAUGACGUUUUACUAUUACUUACAAACCGCAAAAGCCGGAAAGAGUUCGUUCGCCCGCGCGACGCGCGUUACCUUUCCAUACGAGCCUACGGGCUACGGUGCUUUGUUUAUAAAUUAUUAUAACAUAUAUUGUACGUGUACCAAGGCCUAGUCUUACACCGUCAGAUUGCGUUUUGUCUAGACAUAGCCAGGAUAUUUUUAUGCCACGCUUUAUAUGUAUUUUUAUUUAUAAAAGUAAGCCUUUGUCGUUGCGAGUGCAUUUAUGCAGACGUAGUAAGAUUCUAUAGAGAUUUUUCUUUAAAACGGACGAAUAGCCAGUUCGAAUGCGAGUUCUAUUGCUGUCGAUCAGCGACGUUAUACAUCUCAUCACACUCUGACCUUGGACGCUGUAGCUUUACGUAUUUCGAACUUAGUUAUUAUCCCGAGCAUGUUUAUCGUGUACUCGAUAAUACUAUGAAUGUUAAAGUAUACUAUGUAAGUCGCCUUUGCGAGGCGAGACUGUUUCGGUGUUAUGUUAUGAUAUCGAUGGCAGCGAAGAAGAUACAGACAUCUACAUAAUAGCAAUUUUUCAGGAGAUCACGUUAAGUAAAAAAUGGUAACCAGUCGAGAUUUAUGUAACAUGAAAUUUGCAAUGAUGAUUUAAAAUGACAUUUUUUAUUUAUUGUAUAACGAGUUUUAUCGCUAUUUCGUUGUUUUUCUAAAAUAAUGUAGAUGUAUUUUUUUAAUUGUAAUCAAAAUAGUAUUCAUUCUAAUUGAAAUAUUUAAUAAAUUAAGGUAACAACCUCCAGCACUAUUUCUUAAGGAUAUUCAAAGAAAUCUAAUCGACAUAAAAACAGUAUUUAACAUUUUUAGAAUAAAAUUUAGUAGAUGUCUGCAUUUACUUUGCAUAUAACAUUUCACAUAGCUUCAUCUACGUCUCUCAGUUACUCUUUCAUAAACCACGCCAAUGUUUUGUUUUAGUGCAUGCAUGUGUAAUAAUACUGUUUUAUUUAUUAUUUAUUUAUAAUAAUUAUAUAUUUUUGUUUAUGGACAAAAAACCAAAACUAUUUUUAAGUAAAUUAUACUAGACCAACUAUCAAAGAAAAUAAAAUUUGUAUUAGUUAAUAUAAAUAAAGUAUAAUGCUAAUAUAAAAAAAAUGAAUAUCUGUUUCUUAAAAGUAUAAUCAGCCUUGAAAUUUACAGAAUAUCAGGCUAUUUUUAAUAACACAGUUAAGCGUUUUAUUGGUAACGAGCUGUGCCCGCGGUUCCACCCGCGUAUAACUAAGAAAUCACUAAACGUCGGACUUAUAGUAUUUCAUUAACGACUACAUUUUUUACUUUAUUUUCGUGGGAUAUUAGUAUUUAUUGGUUCACGCCGCAUCCAUAUCUAGACAGGGCAACAUAAAAUUGACCAAAUAUUUUAAUGUCUGUCUCUGUGCUUUAUUUAUUUUGAUUGCAAACUAUACAUAUAUAAAUUAACCGCCACCUAUAUAAAGUAUGUGUGAGUGUCUGUCGAUAAUGAUUUUGUGUUUGAAGAAGCAAACGCUGGUUUGCGAUAAUGGGCCGUAUCAGGGGUUGAUCGUUUGGAAAGUUUCGAUGUGAAAGACACAAGUAUAAGCAUUUCCUUUCUGUUCAUGUUGUCAAGAUUGCUUUACCCUUGCAAGGAUAUCCUCCUGCGUAGAAGUUAACGGUGUAAGAACAAACAUUGUUCCGUUGUUAGCCGCGUCCCGCUCCUUUAUCAGUUGUCACUAAAGUUAGUCAGUGAACUUUAAAGAAAAUACUUAUACUGAAAAACUACAAUUGUUUUUGUGGACACAUACUGAAGCAUUAGCUUCAAAUACUGCUCGCACAGGCACAUCGUUAUGUUUGUGAGUACCAACAUGCGUAAAGGCCAAUAUCAAAACGUGGAACGCCGACACUUUUAUUACUACGAAUAAUGCAAUCAUUUAUACGAAUUAAAUUUUUUUUUUAAAGUGCAUUUUUCAUUUCAGAAAAAAACUACCUUUUAAUGUUACAUUACAUGGGCGUGUACGCUCAACGAUUUAGUAGUGACCCUCUUCAGUUUUGCUUGGGUACAAUUUCCUUACAAUAGACACCACACUACACUACCCACCCACUGUUACACGUAACACGUCGGUGUGUUCGUUCUGCACUGGAC